AUGGAACGAUCAAAGCCCCAGGCGUUCUUGUCGAGCUACGCGCCGCGAUUGCGCGGCUACAACAACUCUCUCCUCACCCCCGUACUGCCGAGCGCGCCCUCUGGCCCCGUCUCGAGAACGACCAAGCGAGGCACCACCAUCAUCAACUACGCCGAAGAUGGGUACGACGACCUGGAUGAGGAUAGCGACGACACCCGAAGACGACCCACCGGCUUGAGAAGCUUGCGCAAGGAGGACUCGGUCAGCAGGCAAGACAUCGCCGAGAAGGCAGGCAAGGACACAAAGGAGCCCGUCGACGUCCAGGGCAUUUGGCGCGAUUGGAUGGCCAAGCAUCGCCUGGCUCGGAGUGAUCAGCAGAAUGCGGUACAGGCUACAUUGCCGCUCACACUGAUUCCGAUCCGGAUCGACCUGGAUGUUCCGGCCUUCGUCCCCCCGCCUCCAUUUCCAACACCGAAUCCCAACACCGUCGAUAUCUCCCUCCCUCAGUAUCGACAACAGGAGAUGACGGUGCCCUACAAGCUGCGAGAUAUUUUCUGCUGGAAUCUCCACGAGACGCUGAUCUCGACCGACCAGUUUGCUCAGACUCUGGUGCAGGAUCUCGACCUUCCUCACAGGCAAAACGCCAUCGCCGAGAUCAGCAAACAGAUUCGGACACAGCUCGAGGAGUAUGCGGGCGUUGCCCUCCACCCGCUGUUCCAUGCAGAGCAGCCGGCUCCUUCUCUCCCGCAACCGACGGCCAGCGGAUUGACCCCAAGACCAAGCUUCGCUCUCAAGUCUCGGGACGAGUCUCCCGCUUCUGCGAUCCGAGGCACCUCUCGACCAGACACACCUGCGCAGACAGGAGGCGCACCCACUCCAUCUCAGACACAGGCCCCAGAUGUGACAGCUGAGGCGACUCCCAUUCUCCCCGAUUCUGAUGACUACAACCCUGACGAUACAUAUCGAUGCAUCAUCAACUUGAACCUUAAUCUGGCUUCAAUGUUGUACACAGACAAGUUUGAAUGGUCUCUUCUGCACCCACCAGGCACUGCUGAGGCGUUUGCCAAGGUGACGUGUGCUGACCUAGGACUUACCGGAGAGUGGAUUCCAGCCAUGACACAUGCUAUCUAUGAGGCUGUCCUGCGACUAAAGAAGGAGGCCUGCGAGGCGGGUGGACUUGUGGCCGGAUGGGGUGGGCUACAGCAAGAACUGCCAAACGAUGCCGCCCAUGGUGUGGAGGCUGGUUGGAGAUAUGAUCCCGACCACCUAGGAGAUGACUGGGAACCCAAGGUAGAGUUCCUGAGCAAUGAAGAGAUCGAGAAGCGAGAAGGCGACCGAGAGCGUCAAGUCCGUCGGUUACGUCGGGAGACGGCACGGUUCAGCUCCACGACAGGCAUGUUGGGCGGCACACCGUUUGGCGCUCCGAUGGAGGUCGAGGAGGAGCGGAUGGGACGAGGCGAGAGGUCCAAGAAGAAGCGGAGAUUCCGAAGCCUGAGUCCGCUGGGCCGAGGAGGGACGCCGGGAGGGCGAGGAACUCCAGACGUGGGCGGAUAUGGAGGCGGCGGAGCUCUGACGGACCAAGAGAGACUCCAGUGGAGAUGCUGGCAUUGCCAGAUAUGGGGCACCAGCGUCUGGGCAGUGCGAGACGGCCCUGCAGGCCCAAGGACCCUGUGUGCCAACUGUGGAUAUCUCUAUGAGCGAGAUCAGAGGCUUCCUCGCCAGUGCAAAAAUCUUCAUUUCCAAGACCCUCGUAUUGUUUAG